AUGGAUUUUGCUGAAGUGGAGUCUGAUGAUGAGUUAGAUGAAACAUAUUUGGACUUUACUGAAGUGGAGUCUACAUAUGGUCCUAGUGAUGAGUUGAGAAGCUUGCCUGGUUCAGAUGAUGAUGAGAAUAAUAGUAGUGUACUUCAACCUAUCCCUAACAACCAAGAAUUCCUGCCUUCAAGGGAUUUGAGUAUUAAACAAAUUGAAAUUGGCAUGAGGUUUGCAUCAGUUGUAGAUUUUAGGCUUGCACUUAGGGAUUAUGUAAUCAAGGAAAAGUUGGAUAUUAAAUUAACAAGAAAUGAUGGUGAUAGAGUGACUGCAGUGUGCAAGCAAGGUUGUGGCUGGAGAAUACAUGCAAGUAAACCAAGUAAUGAGCAGUGUUUAAGAAUCAAGACAUUCACCAUAGAGCAUAACAGUUGCUUGUGGACUCAUAGUAGUAAGCAAGCCAUAUCUUCUUAUCUAGCAAACAAGUACUUGGAGCAAGUGAGAUUAAACCCAACCAUGGGCCAUGUGGCACUUCAAAGUACUAUUGCAGCUGAGUUAGACCUUGAUGUGUCUACAUACAAAGCGCGUAGGGCAAAGAAAAGGGCAUUAGGCAUUAUUGAGGGAGAUGAGGCUGAACAAUAUUCAAAGUUGAAGGAUUACUGUGCAUUGAUCCAAAGCACCAAUCCAGGAAGUCGUGCUACAAUUGGUGUUGAUCUCAUGUCUUAUGAUAAUGAAAUAAAAACCUUCGAAAGGAUUUUUAUUUGUUAUGCUGCAAUGAAGAAGGGAUUUAGAAACGGUUGUAGGCCAUUCCUUGGAGUUGAUGGGUGCUUUCUAAAGAGAGCAUAUGGUGGUCAUCUUCUGUCUGCUGUGGCAUGUGAUGGGAAUGACCAAAUGUACCCUGUUGCAUUUGCUGUUGUAAAGGCUGAAACAAAAGACUCAUGGGCUUAG